AUGGCUAUCAAAGUCCGACCCCUCACACAAUCCGAUAUCCCUGCCGCAAUCGACAUAAUCCAGCGGGCAUUCGCAGAAGACCCUUAUUUCCGGUGGGUGUUUGAUGAGAAGAGUUUCAACAAAGUCCGCAACUACGGCUCCCUAGAAGCGCGGUGUCUCUGGGGUAUCAACAACGCCAUAUUCCACGUAGCCGUGGACGAAGAAAAAACAGGAGAAAAAGAAGAAGAAGAGACUGGGAAAAUCGUAGGUGUCUCAUGCUGGCUCGCGCCGCACCCACCAUCCAGGCCUGAAUCAUGGUACGAAUGGAGCCAGUCCUGGCUACUCUGGUUCAGGCAGGGGCUUAACAACCUCUGGCAUGGAGGAUGGGGCGGGCUGAAUGUGCGGCGGUACUAUAUCUGGAAAGCGCGGCAGGCGGAAGCGCAGGAGUCGAUUUGGGAUGAUGAGCGGGGGUAUUACUUUUGCAAUAUUGUUGCUGUGAGUCCUGAUGCGCAGGGGAAGGGGGUUGGGAGGAAGUUGUUUGAGGAGGUGAUGGAUGUUGCGGACCGGGAGGGGAGGAAGUGCUAUUUGGAGAGUUCGAGGAAUGAGCCGAAUGUGGGGAUUUAUGAGCGGUUGGGGUUUGAAAUGAAGAGGGUUAUGGAGUGUCGGGAUGGAGAUGGGGGUGAUGUUUGUAUG